UCGCGCGGAUUCUGUUUGUUGUGGGCUCGAAAGCAGCCGAAACUGCGCUUCAAUUUUCUCGAUUUUGCUCUCGAAAUAGUUCAUUAUUAAUUUAUCUGUACAAAAAUUACAACAUUUGAAUUUCUUUGGAUUGAAAUCUAUCUUCUCUCAAAUUAAACCACGAUCAGACACAGAUAAUCUUAUUCCGGAAAUCAUCAUCAUGUCAAUGGACAUUCGAGCAUUUUUUGGCCGUGGAGGUUCGGCUGCGAAACCUGCCAAAGCUCCCGAACCGGCUAAAACGCCCACCGUCAAAAGAAAGGCCGUAAUUAUUAGCGACGAUGAAGAUGAAACCAAAGCCUCACCCAGCCGGUCAUCGAAAAAACCCGAACAGAAUAGCCCCUCCACUACCGGUGCGGUGAAGAAACGGCGUGUUAUUGAAUCCGACGACGAGGAAAAGAGUCCGGCAAAGGGAAGGCACGAAAGUACCAAACCCAAACCGGAAAAGUUGAAACCAGUGAAUGUGGCGGAUGUGUUUAGCACGGCACCGGUGAAGCGCGUCGAAUUGCCCAAGAUUCCUAAGAAGAAAACGCUUGAACCGGUGGAGCAGGUGAAGCUAGAGGAGCUGGACGACGAUGAGGUCAUUCCAGUGACGCCGCAGCCGGACAAGAAAAUGGCCAGAAAAGAUCGAAACGGCAACGAACGAAGCGAGAAGCGCACGCCGGAAAAGCCCAAAGCUACUCCGCCCGAGAGCAAGCCAGUCAAACGAGAGACGAGCGAAGAGCGUCCGACGGUGUCGAAGAAAAGUCCCGUCAAACAAAAAUCGGUUGAGCAACAAUCAGCCUCCCCUAGCAGUGAGAAAGCCAGCAGCAAAGCUAAGAAGAAGAGCGAUAGUGAUGCCGCGGACUAUAAAGAUCCGAACGAAUCCAUUCUUACCGAUGAGGAGCGCCACGAACGCAAGCGAAUGUCGGCAAUUUUGUAUCAAAAGUUCAAAAACCGCCAGGGUCCGGCCAAUCCGGGCUCGAAGGAGAUUCCCGAAGGCAAGCCAAACUGUCUGCAGGGUUUGCAGUUCGUCAUAACGGGCGUGCUGGAGUCGAUGGAGCGGGACGAAUGUGCACAGGUGAUUAAGGAUCUCGGUGGCAAGGUCGUUGGCGCAGUGUCGAAAAAAUGCACUCACAUGGUCGUGGGAGAUGAUGCCGGCCCGAAAAAGAUAGCUCAGGCGGAAGAGCUCGGCAUCGUGACGCUGAGUGAAGAUGAACUGUUGGACUUGAUUCGGGUGAAAUCUGGUCAGAAGCCGUUGAAAAAGAGCAGCUCGAUCAAGGAGACAGAAAGUGCCGGUGGCAGCAGCACUAGCUCGAAACGGAAAGAAUCGCCAAAGGAAGAAAAAGAGGUAAAGAAAGUUAAAACGGAACCAUCUCCCCGGAAAUCACCGAAAGAAAUUAAAACAGAAUCGUCGAAAGGACGUUCACCUGGUAAAGCGACCGUGGAGCGUAAAUCGGAAGCUUCGAAGGAAGCGGUAAAAGUUAAGGUGGAAAAGUCACCAUCCAAGCAACCAUCGGACGGGACCAAAACAUCUCCCCGUAAGCUGGAACCCUCAACCACCGUAAAGCGUGAACUAUCCGACUACCAAAAAGACAUCAAAAGCGUGGACAACAUGGCCUGGGUGGAAAAGUAUAAACCCUCCAGCACGAAGCAGAUCAUCGGCCAGAUGGGCGCUAAUAGUAACGUCCAACGGUUAACCGUAUGGCUUUCCAGCUGGUACAAGAACAACGACGGCACGAAGAAGCACGCCAAGCCAAAUCCAUGGGCAAAGAAUGACUCGGGAGCAGCGUUUAAAGCGGCUUUACUCUCUGGGCCACCGGGAGUGGGUAAAACGACCACAGCUACGUUGGUGUGCAAGGAGCUAGGGUUCGAUACGGUAGAGUUCAAUGCAUCGGACACGCGUAGCAAGCGGCUGCUGAAGGAAGAGGUGUCGGAGCUGUUGAACAGCAAGUCUUUGGCCGGCUAUUUCGGUGGCAGAAGCGAAAAGGUGUCGAGCAAGCACGUGCUGCUGAUGGACGAAGUGGACGGUAUGGCGGGCAACGAGGAUCGCGGCGGUAUGCAGGAGCUGAUCGCGUUGAUUAAGGAGAGCCAUAUACCGGUCAUUUGCAUGUGCAAUGAUCGCAACCAUCCGAAGAUAAGAUCGCUGGUUAAUUACUGUUUUGAUUUGCGCUUCAAUCGGCCACGCGUGGAACAAAUCAAGGGAGCCAUGAUGUCGGUCUGUUUCAAGGAGCAGCUGAAAUUGUCUCCGGGCGUACUGGAAGAGAUCAUUGCCGGGACGGGAGGUGAUGUGCGUCAAACGUUAAACCAUCUGGCGCUGUACAGUGCCGGGAAAUCGAUGGCCGCCUCGUUGUCGGUGGACUCGGCCAAGAAGCAAGCGGACUCCGCCAAGAAAGACAUUAAGAUCGGUCCGUGGGACGUCAUUCGGAAGGUGUUCUCUGCCGAGGACCAUAAGCACAUGACGCUGAACGAUAAGGCGGACCUGUUUUUCCACGAUUACAACAUUGCGCCCCUGUUUGUGCAGGAGAACUACCUCAAGGUGCAACCGAAGGCGCCGAGAACGGAGUGGCUGGACCGGAUUGCCCUGACGGCGGACAGUUUGAGUCGGGGCGAUAUGGUGGAGCGUCGGAUUCGAUCGAACAUGGCCUGGUCGCUGCUUCCGGUGCAGGCAAUGUUUAGCUCGGUGAUGCCAGGCGAGUUCAUGGAGGGACACUUUACCGGCCAGAUCAACUUCCCGGGCUGGUUGGGGAAAAAUUCAAAGUCGAUGAAACGCAAACGCCUGGCGCAAGAAAUACACGAUCACACGAGAGUGGCCACAUCUGGUUCGAGGCAGGCUAUACGGUUGGACUAUGCGCCGCAUUUGCUGCGCUCGAUUGUGCAGCCGUUGCAACAUCGUGGUGCAGAGGGGGUGCACGAUUCGCUGGAAGUGAUCAAGGAAUAUCGUCUACUGCGUGAAGACAUCGACUCGCUGGUGGAGCUGAGCACGUGGCCGAAACGCAAGAGCCUGCUGGAUUCGGUCGACGGGAAGGUAAAGGCCGCGCUGACCCGUGCCUACAACAAGGCAAUUGGUCCGUAUUCGUAUUCGGCGAUGGCAACGGUUAAAAAGAAGGUGCACGAUGCUGGCCAGGACGAGAUGGACGGUCUGUACGGAGAGGAAGGCGAACAAGGCGGCGCAACGCAGGUCGAAUCGGACGAAGAGGAAAUGGAAGAAAACAUCGACGAUAAUGCGUUCAUAAAAAUCAAGAAAAAGCCAGCAGCAGGGGCGACGUCGGCAGCAUCCAGCAAGGCCAGCACUUCGAAAGCCAGCACUACGAAGGCCGGCGGAGCAAAGGGUAAGAAAAAGUAAAAUGUUUGUGAAGGAGAAGUUAUUUUAAUGGAAUAAAUUAUAAGAUGCGAAAGUCCUGAAUGAAUGAAUGUUAAA